AUGGAUUCCAAACAGCUAUCCAAAGAUUCUAUGCAAUCAACAUGGCGCACAGCCCCUCGCAGCGAAUGGAACAUCAGUCAUUUCCUGCUUGAUGCGCUCAACGCUCACCCCAUCGACCUAAAUAAGGAGAUACCAGUGCACAGUAAAGAUGAGAAAGUCCCAUACAUGCCCCAGUGGUAUCUCCAACGUUGGGUUCUCUUCUACUCUGCCCUGCCCCUCCUCCUUCACGAGACAUACAUGUCAUUCACCGGCUGUACCAUAGGCCCAUUUGCCGCCUUCAACUUCUACUUCUUCACCUUCAACGCAACGGUGAUCUACCAAGUGCACAUCCUCCGGCGUCUCGGCCACAAAUACGGCUUUCUAGACGGCGACAAGCACGAACGAGACGGCGUUCCCGACGUUGGCGUCGCUAAAGUAGUAACAUCUCUAUACAAAACCACAGGAUCUCGAAUGAUCCUCUCAAUAAUCCUCUCCUACAACAAAACCCAAAAGCCCUCGCAGAUGUCCUGGCUCUGGCUACCCCUCGAAAUCGGACUAUACGGCAUCGUCCUCGACUUCUGGUUCUACUGGUACCAUCGACUGAUGCACGACGUGGGCUAUCUAUGGAAAUACCACCGAACGCACCACUUGACCAAACAUCCGAAUCCGCUCCUGGCCGCGUACGCAGAUCACGAGCAGGAAUUCUUCGAUAUGGUCGGCGUGCCAGUAAUGACGUACUUCAGUUUGAAACUGGUUGGUUUGCCGAUGGGAUUCUACGAGUGGUGGAUUUGCCAUGAAUACGUUGCGUUUGCGGAGGUACUUGGCCAUAGUGGACUACGGAUUCAUUCGACUGUGCCAACGACGCUGAGUUGGUUGCUGCAGAUCUUUGAUGCGGAUAUUGUUAUUGAAGACCAUGAUUUGCAUCACCGGAAGGGUUGGCGGAAGAGUUAUAACUAUGGUAAGCAGACCAGGCUGUGGGAUCGGGUUUUUGGGACUUGUUUGGGGCGUAUUGAGUCUGUGAAGGAGAAUUUGGAUUAUGAGAAUACGGCUCAGAUGCCUUUGUUCUAG